AUGAUGCACAUGUGGAUGUGGUUCGGCUAUGACCUUGGCGACUUCCUGUUCCCUGGUCUGGUCGUCAACACGAGGUGGUCGUUCGCUCUCACCUGGAUACUGCUGUUCUUCGUGGCUCUACUCUUCGAAGGAUCGAAGGUGUAUCUCGCUCGUGUUCAACGCGAGGCUCUUCGGAAAUUACGUCCUCACGGCUCUGACGAGAGACGGAACUUGUUAUGUGAGCGGACCCUGGUGAACGGUCAUCAGACGCUGGUGUUCGUGGUCCAUAACGUGGUUGGUUACCUGCUGAUGUUGGCCGUCAUGAUCUACAACGUUCAUCUCAUGCUGGCUGUCGUCUUCGGAAUGAUGUUGGGUUACUUCCUGUUCGGGACCAAGUUAACUCGUCUCCAGAUGCAAUGCUUCAGCACCAAGCGGGUCGUCAUCUGUACGCCGGAAUGCGACGAUACUGGUGAAGCCCCCCACUAUCCCUCCCCAGACCGCUGCAACACGGAGAAGUGCAGCUGGGAGGUGUGCGAGGGCAAGCUGUGCAAGGAAAUGGACGCGCUAGAACUACAACAGGCGGACACCGCGUACACACGGAAGUACGCGCCCACUACCAUGUUAUAUGUAGAAUCGGUCGCUGUAGUGUCGUUUUGUUUACCUGAGAACUCAACGCCUCCGCUACUAAACACUUCCAUGGAUUCCCAGUCGUCCGACAUAUUUGUUUGUCAAACUCGUACCUGUAUACAGCCCUCUCACUACUUUCCCGCCAAUACUCAAGAUGGCGGCGAGCACAGCAACGCCAGCUGUUACUAUGGCGCCAAACGAUGUCCGUCUAAGGUCGCCAAGUUUAAGAAGAUGCAGUCCGGUGUCCACUGUCAUCACGACAGCGAGAAGGAGGACAGUCCCGGCGUCGAGGACGCGCAAUUACUUCAUAGUGAGAGGCGUGGCUGUUGUAAGAAAUUAGAACCUCCUCCAGACGAAACAUGCUGCAAAUCUAGUCAAAACACGACAGUCGUGAUACACGAGGAGAGCCACUCGGAGGAAGCUGACACCCAGAGCCGAGAGAACAGUCCUCAGAUCUCGUGUUGUCACUCCAAGUCGACGCGCGACAGCCAGGAACAAAUAGUCACGUGA